AUGGCUUUUGAUAGUCUGAAGAGAGUGCAGACUUCAGGAUCUGUUCUUGUUGCGCCGGACUUCAUCAAGGAAUUCACCGUCUACACUGAUGCAUCCAACGUCGGACUUGGAGCUGUACUAUGCCAAUCAGAUGACAGCAGGACUUUACAUCCUAGAUCAACUGCUAACAGUGUAAAGGAGGGACAUUUCAUGAAAAGAAAGAAGACUUCUCUUUGGUUCACGGUCUCUCUGAUGAUAGUGUCUGUUUUCAUACUGACCAUAGGCCUUGCAGCUACAACAAGAACAGAAAAUGUUAGUGUGGGAGGCUAUUACCCAGGAAUAAUUCUUGGCUUUGGAUCCUUCCUAGGGAUUAUCGGUAUCCAUCUGGUAGAGAACCGGAAGCAAAUGCUGAUAGCCUCCAUCGUGUUUAUCAGCUUUGGAGUGGUAGCAGCUUUCUGUUGUGCCAUUGUUGAUGGUGUGUUUGCAGCAAGACACAUAGAGCCAAGACCUUUAUACAACAAAAGGUGCCAGUAUUAUUCAAGUGGAGUAGGAUUCUUAUAUGAUGCCUACCAGACAGAGGUGACAUGUUACUCUUUAAACAACAAGUGUCAGCUGAAAGUGAAGAGUAACACCUGCUACUGCUGUGAUUUGUACAAUUGUGAAAACUCAGAACACUCUACGAGCUACUAUGAGUUCCUUGGUGUGAACAGCUGCCAGGAUGUGGUUCACUUAUAUCGGCUGCUCUGGUCCUCUACUGUGUUGAACAUCAUUGGAUUGUUUCUUGGCAUAGUCACAGCAGCCAUACUUGGGGCAUUUAAAGAUGUGGUGCCAGCCUCCCGUACUACCUUCAGCUCUGCUCCUCCACCACAGAUUCUCUACAAUCCAACCCAGCAGAUUUUGACAUAUGCUGGAUUUUGUCCUUCUGCAGCAGCUGUUCCCCAUUACUCAUCUUAUCAUUUGCCCCUUCAGCCUACCAGCAAUUUCCCAACAUCAUCAUCUACUGAUGUCUCUUUAUCUGAUGACACCCAGCCUCCACCUCAGACCAGCUCCACCUAUGGCGUUCCUCCCAAUGCUCCUCCAUUAUAUACACCUGCGUAUUUCCUGUCAGGUGAAAAACCCCCACCGUACGUACCAUAGCUUAGAGAGUAUUAUCAGCAGAAAGUAGGUGUAAUAAAAACAGCACUGUCAAAAUGUGAGCUAUCUAGGUUAGAGCAGUCAGUCAAAAUUUUCAUUUUGUGUGGUAUGAUAUUUGCCUACUUCAAAUCAAAAUAAUUGCAGAAGGAAAAUGAGUGAAAAGUUGGCAGACAUGUCUCUUAGUCAGUCUUUCAAAUACUGCAUGCAGUUUUUAAAACCUACUUUUUCAGUUUCCCAUACCUCUCUUUACCCCACACUCCAGCCCAGGGCAAGGCCAGAUCCAGAGAACCACACAAUUGUAACAAUAAACUAUGGUUUAUCAGUGUGAGAACAAACCCUUUUAAGCUUUGAGGUUUCUUACUGCCUUUCAAAAACAACAAUUUGAAGUUCUUGUCUUUUCCAGAUUUGUACAUAACUAUUUUUGUUCCGGUUCAAACAUAAUGCUAAACUGUGGCUUACGAAAGAA